AGAAAUUGACUUCUGGGAAAUCAGCUGUUGAUAACAAUAAUACUGACCAAGGAGAUAGGUCUAGACGAAGUUUUCGGUAAGAUAUCAUAAUUUUAAAAAUGCCAAUUGGAACAGGGAGAUAAAAUGAAAAUAACUCAGUUCGUCAGAUAUAAAGCUUUAACUUUAAGCGUGUUAUUAAAUGACACUACAGUUUGUAUAGACAUGUGAAUUUAUGCUCACCUGGUCCAAAAGAUUCACCCAUCAUUGCUGAUAUGGCUAAAACAGAACAUAGAGGAAGAAGACAUUGAUUGAAAAGACGACUCCAUGAAUUUCUUCAGAAGAAUCGUGAAGCACAUAAAGGGUGAGGAAAAUGCAACACAAGAAAUUGAUGACACUCGAUAUAACGACCCUUGUACUCCUCCAAUCACAACACAGUACUACAGGAGGUCAAGAAAUACUUCAGAGGAGGCUUUAAUUAAUGCACGUAGGGUGUCUUGCGUCCCGGGUGAUAAUGAUGUUCAUGGGAUAUCCCUAGAUCACACUUUAAAAGUUGCAGAUUCACCCAAAACUACAUCCCGUACCGGUACGUCUGAUUUAUAUGAUCUCGAUUGGUCUCAAAUUCUCAUUAAAGAAAACUCCAAUGAAGAUACACUAAAAAAUGGUAAAAGCACUGCAUCUGGACGCACAAAUUAUGUUUCAAGUAAUGUGGAUAAUAGUUAUGACAUGGGAUAUGGAGCAUUUGAAAAUGACAAAACUAACAUAGAAGAUCUUAGGCAUUCAGAGUCAAUACUUACUUCGUCCCAAAAUGACACACCAAAAACAAUUAACAACUAUAAAAGAUGCAGUUGAUAACAAAGAGCGCGAUAAAUUUGUUAAACUGUUAAAUGCAUCAACGUCUACGAAAACGAAUGUCGAAAGUUUUCAUGAUCGUUUCAAAAGAUCAGUUCCCCAAGAAAACCAAAUAGACGAAAUACCAGGGGAAACAAAGUCAUAUAUAUCAACUGGUAGUAGAAUAUCAAAUGACAUCAACUGGACAUUUCAGACAGAAAGAAAAACUCAUAAAUUGACAGAAAGACCGAAUGAGGUGACGUAUCAUUUACCAACAGAAACAGAUCGUGGUGACGAAAUCCCUUUAAAGAAUGUUCCACUUGUGAAUAAUGAUAAAGUUACAAGUUCAACAAAUGUCAAGCUGUUGAAAGAAACUGAAGAAACAGGAAUGAAAUAUCCUUUGAACUUAAAAUCUUCUAGAUCGAAGGAAAAUGUUGAAUUAGAAUCAAGGUUGAACUGCAGAGGAGAACAUGAAGUGUUCUCUAGCAAUGACAAUUUACCUAACACAUUCUAUGAUCAACUCUGGUAUUCCACUUCAAAACAGAAUGUAUCUGAUGAACGGACUAGUACAUGCAAAGAGAAAGAAAUUAUUGCAGGCAUUGGAAGGUUGAAAAAUGACAUGGAUUUAUCUUAUGGAAGGAAGCAAUCAAAUGUGAAGAAAGCUAAUGAAAUAUCUGAUUUGAAUAUAAAAUCCGAUAAUACAGAAAGGAACAAACACGUCAGGAAGAUGUAUUCACAAAAUGAACUCGUCAGCCAACUGAAAACGGAAGAAGACGAUUUCACUACAACCAAUGUUGAACAUUCAAGUCAUUACAUUUCCGCCCAAGACACCAAUAGUUGUAUCAGCUCACAGGAUGAUCAUUCAUUGGAGACUGAAAUAAAACUUAACACAUGCGUAGAUAUGUUUAAAAAGUUAGAUUGUCGUUUUGAAACGACAGAAGUAGAGGAUGUUACAAAGACUUCAUGUGACGCUAAUAGUUGUAUCGAAAACAAUGCUGUUCAGUAUCAAGAAACAAUUGUUGAUAUGUCAGGAGUAAACACGAGAGAAGUUGGAGUUGGAAUGAUUAAUGGCAGAAAAAUAUCUCAAAAGGAAGAAUAUUGUGUUAAACCGAAAGUAAACAUGCGUGAUUCUACUACCACAGAUCGUCUUGAAAAAAGAUCGCAAAUGUCACUAGGCAAGACUUGUAAUGAAGUAAUGGAUUUAGAAUUUUCUAAACUCGCCAUAAGGGACGUUGUUGCUACUAGUGAUCUUAAUGCUAACAUUCAGCCGCCUACUGAACAUUCACAGCUUGAUUUUGAUCAUGAGAGGGAUACUGGUCAUAGCACUUUAAAAGAAGAAUUAGAUUUAAAUGAACAUGGUGCAGUUACUUUAGGUAGAGGAAAUAUAAAAAGCGGUGCGGAUAAAAUGGUAAAAAGCGUCAAAGACAAUUUAAUAGAAAGGGAAAUAUCUACUGAAAAUGCAUUAUACAAAAAUGGUUUCGAAAUAAGCAGCACCAUUGAAAUGAAAGAACCAGAACACAAAAUUUUUAAAGAAGAAAGUUCUAAAAAUCCAAAGCAAAACACGUUGGCACAACAAUCUAAUACUACCAAAACGAACUAUCUAAGUAUUGUAGCCAGUUCUGAAAGUGAAAGUAAAAGCUCACAGGUUAAGCAAGAAAUAACACCAUUUAAAGGCAAUGACCAACAAAGCGAUGUAUCUGGCAUGUUGAAUAGUGCAUGUAGAAAGCAAAAGUCAAUUGAAGAGGUUUUGACUGCGGAAAGUGAUGUUCAUGCUGGCCCUCGUGUCAAGGAACAGUCAAGCUUGAAUAAAGCUUAUACAAAACCACACUUGAAUGCAAUGUCUGUUGACAUAGAAAUGAAAAAGCAAAUGGAGAAAUUUGAUCUGCGAAACGAAUCCGUAAAUAAAUCUAAACAGGAUCAACAACCUAAAAAGAAUAUUUCCGCUCAAGACACUCAAACUAAUAUCAGCCCACUGGAUCAAAUUUCCUGUAAAACUAGACAAAAACCAUUUUCCAUGAGAGAUGAAAUACACCGAACUGUACUACAACCGUGUAAAGAAGUGGUGAAUAAAACAAAUCGCUAUUUGACAACUGAGAACGUCGCAAAACCUAAACAUGAUGCCAGCAGUUGUAUUGAAACACCUUCUGUCGGGUGUCAAGAGAUAUCAAGAUCAUCUAAUAUAAGUGAAAAAGGUUUUCGAGUGAACAUUGAUGGUAUAAUCUAUCAAAAUCAUGAAUGCAAUAGUUUAUCGAAUUCGAAACCAUAUGAUGUAUCCAAUCAGAAGUUAUGGGUUGAGGACUUAACGAACAUGUCAAGUGGUCAGGUGUCUAAACACGUAUCUGAAUUUAAAAUAUCUACCGAUGAACGGAAGAAUGUUAUUGCGUCUUGUGAUCAUGACAGUACUGUACAAACGUCUGUUGUACAAAAACCAAAAGGUAGCUGUCUGGAGUAUAAAAGACUGAAAACAAAGCCAUCAACAGCAGAAUCGACUGUUCAGAAGGAGCCUGCAUCUACAGUUACUAUCACUUCAGAAAGUGUAAAUAUAGUUAAAAAAAAUGAAAAGAAAAAGAAUUCUGAAAAGGACGAACCAAUAAAGAAAGAAACAACUACUGAAAAUGUUAGGAAGCCCCAAAAAUUAAUUCUUGAAAUUUUCAAUUGUGAUAAGUUUGACUAUCAAAGGUUUUUAGAAGAUAGAAUAGGAAUUCCGGUUGAAUUUACUAUUGAAGACAUUAUUAAGAAACAAAAUAGUAUAAAUCUUAUUGUCAAAUUUCCAAGUAAAACAUCGAGCAGAAAAGUCACUGAAAUAUUGCAUUUGAGUAACCGUAAGUGCAAGACUAUGGUUAUGUGUUAUGUUUACGAAGAAAAAAGUACAACAAACAAAAUGCAGAGAAAGGUGAAAACAGAAGCAUCACGCAAAAAUAGUUGUGAAAAAUAUGUCACUAGGGGAACAACACCAGAAAAGCAGAAAAAGCCAACAGAUCAGAGUCGGAAUCAAACGAAACCCUUGUCAGCAACAAAAUCAACUGCUAUCAAAAUUGACAAACAGAGAACCGAUACCAAUUUCGAAAGCGCAGCAAGCGGUAAUCAUGCAAACAUAAAAACAUCUAAUGGUGGAAAGUGUGAUAUGUUUUACGAUUUAGUUGACGAACAAAGCGUCCAAAAGAAUACCAAAAUAGAACCUAAAAUCAAAACUCAGAUUUUCGAAAAGUCAAGCACAACAAAUGUGCAAAAACAAAAAUGUAUAUCCAUUAAUCAAACUGUCACAACCAAAAGAGGAAAACAAUUAAAAGAAAAAACAGAUAAUGAAAAUAAUGUUGGAAUUAAAAAUUCCAUGAACCUGACUGAGGCAAAGUCGAAAUCCGGACAUGUUGACACAGGAGCAACCUUACACACGAAAUGUCCAUCUGAUGAAAUAAAAGUUAAACAAAACAUGGAUAUAAGUGAGGCACAUAGUGAAACUACACUUAACACGCCCUUGACUGUUAAACUCGCUGACAAAAAUAAAAUUAAGAAUCAAUACCCUUCGGUUAAUGCUGUGGCAGAAAAGAAAGUGAUUGCCCUAGGUCAAGGCAAUAACAAAUGCAAACCACAAUGUAUAGAAAUCGAAAUCUAUAACCUUUCAAAGAGAGAAUCGAAUUUAGAACAUUUUUUGAAUUUUCGACUUCAAAGGAAAUUCGAAUUUAGCAUCAAGAGUACGGAAGAAUUGCAAAAUGUUAUUUUUCUGUCUGUGGAAUUCCCCAGCACAAAUUCUUCAAGGAAAGCUAUGGUUUUACUCGAGAAGAGUAACACACUGACUGGAACCAACAUUAAAUGUCAUAUCGAUCAGAAAAGAAAACAGGAGAUUCAACAAAAGUUGCGAAACAAAAGGCUAUCGGAUAUGGCAAGCCAACACGCAGACGUUGCAAAACAAUAUAUUGACAAUCACGAUACACAACUUAAAGAAUUGACAGAAUGUUUAGGCAAGUUUACGGAUAAGAAACCCAAAUUUCAAUCAAUAGACAACUUUAAUAAAAAGAAGAAAGAGAAGGAAACAUUAACUUCAAAAAAGAAAGAAAUGGAAAGUCAAAAAUCUGAAUUUCUAUUUUUUAUAAAGUCAUUCCUCUGCAAGUUAGAAAAACUUCAAAACUCUUCCUUUGAUGAACAGGAAUUGUUGGAGCUCGAAACCUGUUUUAAAUCUGAGUGUAACAGAUUUGCCGCUGCACUUCCCAUAUAUGCAUGCAGAACAGGAAUUUGUACAACGAUUAAUAAAGAUCAAACAUCCGUUAUUUUAGGUGAGACAGGAUCAGGAAAAAGUACACAAGUCGUUCAGUAUCUUUAUCAAACAGGCUUGUAUUCAGAAGGAAUUAUUAUUUGCACCCAACCCAGAAAAGUAGCUGCAAUUAGUCUGGCAACUAGAGUGGCAAAGGAGAUGUCUUCAAACGUAGGUAACUUGGUAGGAUAUCAAGUCGGUAUGAACUCCAAAAAAUCAAAAGAUACCAAAAUCCUAUACGUCACAGACCAUGUACUUCUAAAUGAAUGCCUGAGAGAUCCCAAUCUAACAUUGUUUUCUUGCAUAAUUAUCGAUGAAGCUCAUGAAAGAAGCAUAUUCACUGAUCUUUUACUAGGAAUGAUAAAGAAAUGUCUGCCGUCUAGGCCAGACUUGCGUGUUGUAGUAACAUCUGCUACCAUCGACCCAGAUGUUUUUGUUCGUUUUUUCGGUGAAUGUCCGGUAUUGUCUGUUUCCGGUAGAACUUUUCCUGUCGACGUGGAGUGGUCAGAAGAAGCAUUUGAUGAUAAUUAUGAAAAAAGGACAUUAGAGAAAGCUAUCGAUGUCCACCUAAGAGAAGACAAAGGAGAUAUAUUAGUUUUCCUAACGUCUCCAUUAGAAGUAGAAAAAAGUUGCAAACAAUUUGAAGAAAAACUUCGAAACUAUCAUGAUUUUAUAUGCCUUCCUUUACAUGGAAAAUUACAAGCAAACGAACAACAACGAGUGUUUACCCCUGCACCACAUGGAAAACGAAAAAUUGUAUUUGCCACUAACAGUGCUGAAACUUCCAUUACGAUACCAGGAAUCAAGUACGUUGUAGAUUCCGGUCGAAUAAAGGAAAUGCAAUUUGAUCCUAAAAAGAACAUAAGUUCAUUGGUUGUUACAUUGGUGACACAAAGCUCUGCAAAUCAAAGAAGUGGUAGAGCUGGAAGAACCGCUCCUGGAAAAUGUUUUAGGCUUUAUUCAGAGAGCGAAUAUAAAGAAAUGAAUGUAUGUUCUACUCCAGAAAUAUUACGUGUUAAUUUAGGACAGGCAAUUCUAAAGCUAAUGGAAUUGGGUGUUGAUCCUAUUUCAUUUGAUUUCGUAGAAUCACCUCCAAGGGAUCAACUGACAAAUGCUAUGGAAACGCUUGUGUCAAUUGGUGCAGUAGCAGAUGGGAUACUGACAGACGUUGGAAAAUGGAUUGCAAAGUUACCUUUUGAUCCUAUAUUUGGAGCAUUUAUACACGAUGCAAUUGAAUGUCAUGUUGGUAUCGAAGCUCUAAUCUUGACGGCUUGUUGUGGCUCUGGAGGGUCGCUCUUUUACCGAUCUGGUAAUCUAGAAGAGAAAACAAAUGCGGAUAAAAUGAAAAUUAGAUUUUCUCAUUUAGGUGGCGAUGUCAUGACAAUGUUAAAUGCAUAUAGAGAAUGGCAUAUCCAACCGGAGAAUUCUAAGGGUAAAUGGUGUGCAAAGAACUAUGUAAAUGGGAAAACAAUAAAAGCCGUGAGAGAAACUGCUACCGAAGUGCUUUCAAUUCUUCGCAAGGAAUUACAAAUCAAGUUGGAAUUUAAGUUAAGUGAUCCAGAAAAAGUCGACCUCAUGUUACAAAAAAUGAUUUUCAAAACUUUCAAGCACAAUAUAUGUCACUAUUUAGGACACGAGCGAGCUGGUUAUCAUGUCAUACAUAAAGCACACGAUGUUUGUCUAUUUCCAUCUUCAUCCUUGCCUUCUCUGGGACUGAAGCCAGAAUGGUUAGUCAUUGAACAAGUUUUACAUAUAAAUCGAGACUAUGGUGUCAAUGCUACACCAGUACCAGUUGAGUGGAUUGAGGAAGGAUUAGAGGAAGGUUGGCUGAAACCGUUUGAUAUGGAACGAGUUGAAAAACAAAAGGUAAUGUGUCUUGGUGCGUACGGAAUGGGAGAACAAACUUUCAGAGAUUUUGUUGGACCUCGCUAUGCAAAACUAAAGGACUUCGAGACACAGCUUAAGGAGAUUGCGGAUGGAAGUUUUGUAAUACUUGAUACAGAUGGUAAAACGGGCGAAAUUUGUCUGUAUUCUACAAAAUAUGUAACGCCAGUAUUGAUUCAGCACGUCGACAACGCAUUGAACGCAUUGAGAAGAAAAUUCCAGAAUGAAAAAAGUGAACAGUAUUUGAGUUCUUCAAAUCAAGGAACUCGUAUCGUUAUAUCAGCCGGUUGUAAUGUAGCAGAUGUUCUCAUGCCAGACGAGUUUAAAACAGUCAUAAUAGUCGGUGAUCCUCUCAACACGCAGUGGCUUACUGAAGAAGAUAUAAGAAAUGAGUUUGAGUUAUAUGGCCACAUUGAAUACAUUGAGAAGUUUUAUUUUACCAAGAACAAGAGAAAUUGGGGAAAAAUUACCUUUACGACUACUGCAGAAGCUGAAUAUGCAGUAGAAGAAACAAAAGAAGAAGAGAUUCGUGCUCUACCAACUAGAAAUGCAAGACUCCAAAAUGAACAUCGUUUUCGUGUGAAAUUCGAAUGGUGUCGUCGUAAAUCUAAAGGGUCUGCCUUUGUAGAAUUCAGCGAACAAAGAAUUGCUUAUCAUAUACUCCAAGACUGCAGAGCAUUGAUGAUAGGAGGAACCAAAGCAAAACUUAAUCACAGUAAAAGAGGAGGAAGUCAGAUAUUUAUCAACAAUUUAAACAGAUUUGUGAAUGAAGCGGUAUUGAGACAUAGCAUUGUUACGAACUUUGAUAUUGAUGAUGAUCAUAUUGUUGCAGUUUCAUUCAUUCGCGAGAGAGUCCAGACGUCAAGAGCAGAACUAGACUUAAUCCAACAACGACUCCGUGCCCAUCUACAAAUGCAUGUUAAGGAAGGAAAAUAUGAUCUUUUUGUAAAACCACCCAAAGAUCAAGAUUUCACCUUUCUUGCCUUUGCCUCUUUUUCAAAGAUAGAAGAAGGACAAAAUGCAAGUGCGUAUGUGCAGGAAAAUUUUAGACCAAAUGAGGAAAUUAUAAAUACAUCUAUAACGCUUCAAGCCUCAAUUCUUGUGUACAGAGCCAUAUUUGAAAAAUGUAACGACGUACUAUUUAAAGCUAUUACUACUUUGAAUCAACAAGAAGGGAUCGAAAUUCGCCAUAAAAUAUUAAGAAACGGAAACUGUAAACUUGAUAUGAAUUGCGAUCAUGUUGACACAUUACGAAGGGUCAGACGAAAACUUGACAAAAUUGUUCAGGGCAAAAGAAUGACAAAACAAGACUUUCCAAAUAUACAGGAACUUUUCACGAGAGCCGGGAAGAAUGAAAUACGGAAUAUCAUGUCACGGACAAGCUCGUUGAUAAUAGACGAUUAUCGCAUACUUGAAAUAUCGAUUUACGGCGAAAAGGAGCAGCAAAACGACACGUUUACAUUUUUAAAAGAGUACUUGUAUAAAUUGAGUCAAGGCAUUAACCGAAAUUUAUCUCUGAAAGGUGCAGGUAAGCCAUUCGGUGUUAUAAAAGAAAUGUUUUUACGAUUUGGUAUAGAUCUAGGAAAAAUGAAACGUGAUAUCAGAGGUCUUAACCGUUUACAGAUUAAUUUACGUCAUCAUAGUAUAGAUAUAAACGGCACGUCUGAAGCUGUUGAAAAGACAGUGGUCGAAAUAAAUGGUGUGAUUGAUCAUUUGAGAGAAAUGCAAAACUGUGAGCACAUUGAGAACGAAGAACACCAAUGUGCUAUCUGCUUCAUGGAAAUAGAAGAUGGGGAAAUGUACCGUUUAGAAUCUUGCGGUCACCCUUUCUGUAAGACUUGCAUUGUUCCACAACUUGAAUCAGCAGUUGGAAACAGUGACUUUCCCUUGGAAUGCUGCAAAGAGAGUUGUGGUGAAUUAUGGUCAUGGAAAGACAUUACAAAAUUAUCAUUGCAAUCAGGAAUGACAAUUAACAACGUAGUCAAUCGAGCCACUAGUUCUUAUAUUGCAAGAAAUUCAAAGAAAUAUAAAUAUUGUACUUCGCCAGAAUGUCCUAGUGUUUAUCGCGUGACAAAAAUGAUCAAUGAAUUCAGUUGUGGUGAGUGCGGGGUGAGGAUUUGUACAGCUUGCCACGCCCAGUCCCAUGAUGGUCUAUCAUGUGACAAUAUGAAAGAAUUAAAGGAGGAUACUUCUGGAAUAGCAAUAUGGCUAAGAAAAGAUCCCAAAAAUCGUAAACUUUGUCCCGGCUGCGGUUUACCAAUUGAAAGGUCAUUUGGAUGCGACCAUAUGGAAUGUACCAAGUGUCGUAGACAUUUUUGCUGGGUAUGUCUAGCACAUUUUAGUUCUAGUGGGGAUUGUUAUGCUCACCUUCGUAAUAUACAUGGUGGGUAUGGAGGAUGAUACUAAUUUGUGUAUUAACUGUUAUUGUGCAAACUCUGUCUGUGUGGUAUUUUCAGAGAUCAAAAUCAGUAAACGUAUUUCAACAGCAGAGGAGAGUUAUGACAUAAUUAUUGUAACCAGAGUUCUAUAUAAAAUGUGACAUCUGGUAUUUUUUGGGCACUGUUGUAGAAAGUGUCUUCUGUGAAAUUUACAUUCAUGAUUUUGUGUCUUUAUGAGGUUUGUUUUUAGCGCAAAGAUAUUCAUCCCGAAAAAUUGCUAUUUACGCAGUGUGGUAAAAUGCUUUAUAUUGUCAUUUUCGAAAUUCGUGGGAAGGUAUAAGUUUGCAUAAGAGGCAUGGCGAAUUUCCCCUGUAUUCAUUUUUCUCUAACUGCCGGGUUAAAAGCGAAAAGUAUCUUGAACGUUUUGGAAUUUUGAAUUCUAACGUUGGACGAAAUAAAUUACAAAGUCUUUUUAAACAAGUUUAUCAUAUUAAAGACAAUUUUGAAACAAAAUAUGCAAAUCUUAAGGGAAUGUCUUUUGCGUAAAUUUCGGCAUUUCAAAGACAACAAUAUAAACCAAAAUGAAUUUGAAAUUGAAUUUGCAACACAGAACACAUGCAGCAGAUCUUCCGAUUUUGGAAAAAAACCCAAAUAUUAUUAUAUUAUUAUUAUUUAUUUUUAAGUACAUUGUGUGACUUUGACUUCAGUCUUUUCCCACCUGUCUGAUUUAGUCAAAACUGUUCGGAAAUACUCCCUGCUGUUUAAAACUGCAAAGUACAGACAUAAAGCUGCGAUAUUGUCAAUUUAAGUAAAUAUUGAAAGACUAUUUGAUUUUUUUUAUUUUGUGAAACGAAUUCAUGGGGAAUGUCACCAUAUACUUGCUCAAUCAUUUUGAGGGUUUUACGGAUAGGAGUCUGAUGCAACUAAAUUUUACCACAUUUGGUAAUUGGGAAAUUUCUGGGUUUUUUUAAAAACACCGGUUACUUGAAAUCACUUUGAAGAAGUGGGUAAUUGAGUGGAUUCUAUUUCAUGUUCGAAUUUGCUUUUUGUCCUAAAUAUUUUUUCCGAUUUUUCUAUUUUAUAUUUGUCUUAAACUUUUCCUUUUUGUUUUUUAUUUGACUUCUUGUCUGUCGCUAUCGUUUUGAAUUGCUUUUUCCAUCUUAAUUUUGAUUUCUGUCUGAUGCUUUUCGUAUGAUUAAAUUGUGUUCAAAACAUUUCCUACAUAAUACCAUGAUUGUUUACUAUUUUAUUUGAUGUUUUUCUCACGUGGAUAAUAUAAUGAAAAAUACGAUAAACAUUGAAUGUUUAAGAGUUCUAGGGUAAAUAAACUAAUAUUGAAAAUUCGUAUGAACAAUAAAAUUGUUAUCACAAAAUUCAGUGUAGUUAGCUAAUAGAUAUUUUUUAUUCAGGAGUUUUUGUGCGGAAAUUUGGUUGUUCCUACCUGUGAAUUUUGUAUUUGACAAUUUUAACAUUUUUAUAAUUGUACCACGAACAGUUGAAUGAAAGAAAUAAGUUACAGCAAUCUUAAAAAUAUGUGUCCACGAUUAAUAAAACGCAAGGAAUGCAUUUGUUACUUAAAAGGUCGAUAAAACAUUUAAAAACAAUCAAGAACAUUUGGCCUAGAGACGACGUGUUUUGUUUUUAAAUUCCAAUUUCAAUUAAAGAUUUUGUUUAACUUGAACCUAAACAUCAAACAUUUAAUUUAGGUCAAUUUUCAAACGAUCAGAAAAGCUUAAUAUCUGAUAGUUUGUCGUACAUAUGUUGAUUUCAAAUAUAAAAUAAAAAAUUAAAAGAGUAUUAUAAUGAUUUAUAAGAAGAGGGUUGAUUUAAAUAAACCUUGAAUUUCAGCAUAUAAGUGCCUGGGUGUCAUAAUUAUGAUCAGUUAUUAAUUGCUUUUGUUUUUUGUAAUAAAUUAUGAAAAUAACUAACA